AUGCGAAAACCGGGAGAUGAUGGCUACCGUACCCCCACGAUCGAAGAUGCUGAGGAUUAUGUGUCGGCGCAAAGGGAUGAAAACUCGCUAUAUCCAUCUGGCAUCUGGGAGCCCCAGGCUCAUUCCUCAGCGCUAGAAUCGCCGCAUAGUUCCUCAUAUCACAAAGCUGAAGGAGAUGGCAUCACAGAUGUAGGUCGUGUGCUUCAUCGCCAAAACGGGCCCGACAAUUCAACAGUAGUCCUCAGCUGGAAGCAACGGAUACGUCACUUUACUUGGGCGUACUUCACGUUGACAAUGGCAACCGGCGGGAUUGCUAACGUCCUGUAUACCAUACCUUAUAGAUUCCGAGGGCUGCAGACAAUUGGUAUUAUCUUCUUCCUGUUCAACAUUGUUCUAUAUGCCACCAUCUGGAGUCUGUUGGCCAUGCGGUUUUACCUCUACCCAUAUACAUUCAAAGCUUCCUUCUUGCAUCCAACAGAGUCACUGUUUUUCCCAGCCUCUGUGGUUUCAUUUGGUACAAUCCUAAUAAAUGUCUCGCAGUACGGGCCAGACAACACAGGACCUUGGCUUGCACGUGCCGUUGAGAUUUUAUUUUGGAUCGACGCAUGCCUUGCUAUUAUCUUCUCUGCCGGUAUCUAUCUUCUGCUAUGGUCUACACAAACUUUCACCAUUGCCCAAAUGACACCAAUCUGGAUAUUUCCCGCAUACCCUUUGCUGAUCAUCGGUCCCCAUGCCGGUAUAUUGAGUUCGAAGCUUGAAUCGUCUCGCUUAUUACCCAUUAUAAUUGGUGGCACAACUAUUCAGGGAGUUGGUUUCCUGGUCUCCCUAAUGGUGUAUUCUGCCUUUAUAUAUCGAUUGAUGUCACAAAAACUUCCCAGAGAGAACGUCCGACCCGGUAUGUUUGUCUCUAUUGGUCCUAGUGCUUUCACGGUUGCUGGGGCUGUGAAUAUGGCCGCGAACGCUGAGAGGUGUUUUCCUGGUGAUUUCAUGGGCAACGGGCCUUUAGCCGCAUAUGUGUUUCGAGUUGUUGUCAAUUUUUCUGCCUUGUGGCUAUGGGGCUUAGCGAUCUUCUUCUUUUUCAUAGCGAGCUUCGCUCACUGGUCAACUAUAGGGCCAGGUCGAAUGGUCUUUACCAUGGGGUGGUUUUCAUUUGUCUUUCCGAAUACUGCACUAAUCACAGCGACAUUUGCUAUUGGCCAUGCAUUCUCCUGCAAGCCAAUUCAGGUUGUCGGAUGUGCUAUGGUCAUUCCCCUUCUGCUAAUGUACAUAUUUGUCUGCUAUAUGAUGAUCCGUGCCAUCGUGUUACGUCAUAUCCUGUGGCCUCAGAAAGGUGAAGAUAAAGAUGAGGGUGGAUUUGAGAUCAAUCAGAUCAAGCCGGAAUCUUCAGGCGAUCAUAGCCCUGCAUGA